AUAAAGAAAGAAACUGAAUCGGUGAAUUCAGGCUUACGGAUCUACUGAUAAAAUCUCUCAAUCUCUUCUGUUUUUCCCUUCUCUGUUUCGAGGAAGGUGAUACAGAGGGAUGCAAGAGACCAAUAUUUCGUUUUCUUUCUUUUUUUCUUUCUAAAAAGAAUCUAAUGUAAUAAAUAAAUAAUUAAUAACACUAUUAUUUUAAUAUAUAUGUAUUGAUACUACAUCACGGAAUUAAUUACAUCAAUCUCUCUCUCUUUUAUUCCUUUAACAUAUAAGGGUUUCUCUCUUUGUGCUUUAUGUUAUACAUACACGUCGCCUUGUUGAGGGAGGCUUCUGGCUCAUGAAUUUGUCCUUCUUUGAUUCAACUAGAGAUUUGGCUUGUAGUUUAAUUCAUGUCGGCAAAAACUUUGAGGAGGAGACUUCAUCACGGGGAUGUUGAUGGGAAUCCGAAAGAGCAUUUUAAUGCAUCUGGAUAUGAUGGUUUAAUUGAGCCUUUACUUGAGAGAGAUGAACAUGAUGAUACGCCUAUAGCUGCACUCACACUAGAAGAUAUUUGGAAUGCUGAAGAAAGGAGGGAAAACAUCCACUGGACGUUGGUACUUUCACAGUUGAUUGCUCAGUGGACACAAUGGUUAGCAAAUAUUGUCCUAGGUUCUGGAUCACUUAUUGGACGUUUGCUGCCACUUCCUUUUGCUGGUCCAAGUGGAUCAAAUGGCAAGCUUCUUCUACCUUAUCUUAAUCCUUUACAGGAAGAGAGACUCAGAAACCUACAACAAAGACUGGGAGUUCCCUUUGAUGGUUCUCGAUUGGAGCAUCAAGAUGCGCUUAAACAAUUGUGGAGGUUAGCUUUUCCUGGUAGGCAACUUCCAUCUCUUAAAUCUGAUCUUUGGAAAGAGAUGGGUUGGCAAGGUUCAGACCCCUCAACUGAUUUUCGGGGUGGAGGAUUUAUAUCAUUGGAGAAUCUAAUCUAUUUUGCAACCAAAUAUCCGGAAUCGUUCCAGAGAUUGUUGCACAAGAAAGAUGGAACCAGAGCUGAGUGGGAGUAUCCUUUUGCUGUGGCUGGCGUAAACAUUUCCUUUAUGUUGGCACAAAUGUUGGAUCUUCAAACUGGGAAACCAUCUACUUUGGCAGGAAUCCGAUUUUUAGAGUUACUUGGAGAAGAUGAAAUGGCAUUUGACAACCUGUAUUGUGUAGCCUUUCAAAUGAUGGAUGCUCAAUGGCUUGCAAAGCGUGCCUCCUAUAUGGAAUUUAAGGAUGUUUUGAAGUCCACAAGGACGCAGUUGGAGCGAGAACUUGCCCUUGAAGAUGUCUGUAGUGUGAAAGAUCUGCCAGCAUACAAUCUGUUGAGAGGAUAACUUACCUCGUAGAAUGUAAAAUACACACAUUUUGUUUUGUGUUUUGUAUUUUGUAUUUUGAUCUCCCUCUGUAAUUGAUGCAUAUAGUGUUUCUCGUCCAUUCUGCAGUAAUAUAUCAUCAAGUUCAUGAUAAAA